AUGCUCCUCCGACAGCCUGGCGUCGCCCGGCGACUGUGCCCACGCACCCUCAAACCUUCAUGCGCCACUCGGUCUGCCUCUUCCUCGGCCCCACCCCCUCCAGCGGGCGAACAUCUUACUGGCAGCGCCAAGCUCUUCGCUGAGGCCGACUCCGAAGAGUCUCUUGGUACGACCGACCGCGACUCUCUCCGCCACACACAGGGGCCCGUUUGGACUGGAGACGAAUCCACCUCAGACGCCGUCCUGCGUAUGCUCGUCGAUGCCAAUAAACCGCUCAGGAAUCCAGGCGGUAUCAAACACAAUGCGGCAGACGACAAGAUUAAAGGGUGGAUGAAGGGUCUCAAGCUUGAUGCCCGCCUUGGGCCGGGUGUGGAGCUGCCUCCCAAUCCAUCUCACGAAGAGGGAGAGGAGAAGCCUCAUAGAACAAGACUGCCUCCACAUCUCCAUCGCCCAUGGCAUUCGACCUACACUGGCGAGAAGGCAGCGGCAGAAGAGCCGAAUAUCAAAUAUGGCGCCUUCAUCAAGAGCAAGCGUGAUGGCGACUCGUUGACCAAUCUGCUGGAGCUGCAGCUACCUCCAGGGGCCGAUGGCAAGACGCGUGCCAGAGUCAAGGAAGCCCGUCGGUCUGGCAAGGCGAUAGGCAGACUCGACAAUGCUCGAGAAGGCGCCCUGGACUACAAGCUAGGACUGAGUGGGAAGGGGCCGCUCUUGGUGGAUCUUGGAGAAGCAGAAAACUGGGAUGAGGGAGAGGGAGAGGAACAAGCUUUCAUGGGGAAUAGGCAGAUCAAGGGAGCGAGUGUACUUGGAGCGGGGAGAGGAGGCGCGAGCGGGCUGCGAGCCUGGCAGGGGCUGGUAGAAGACCGGAUACAGCGAGCCAAAGAUGCUGGUUUUUUCAAUACGACCAAGGGCAAGGGUAAACCCAUCGCUCUCGACCCAGAAGCUAGCAAUCCCUAUAUCGAACGGGGCGAGCUUUUCAUGAACCGCAUCGUCAAGCGUCAAGGCGCUCUACCUCCUUGGAUAGAGCUCCUCAAUCACCUCGACUCAUCUUUGAGCGCUUUCCGGUCUACCCUUCUUACGACUUACAGAACCCAUUUAGUCCGGCAAGUCAUCUCUUCGACUUCGCUUCAUCCUCUUCCACCCCUACACACAAUCCCAGAGAGGGACGACCUAUGGGAGCAGAGGGAGCUCAAGUUCCAUCAGGAGAAUGUCAAGCAGAUCAACGACCUCACUCGGCGGAUGAACGCUCAAGCCCCCGCGCCGGCUAGACGCAACCUCAUCACACUUGAAAACGAGCUUGACAAAAUCAGGGGAGAGGUCAUAAAGACUGCAGUUUGGGAGGAUAUCAAGAAAAGGGCAGAGGAAAGUGUGAACCAGCCUUUCAGCAAGCAGAAGACUGGGUUUGCGCCAUUCUUUGAAGGAGAAGGCUGGAAGGCUUUCAAGAACGUGACCAGACCUUUCGCAACAUUGGCCAGUAGUGGGACGCCUGCUGCUUCGAACUCCAACGCGGGGGGCGUCUCUGGAUCCUCCCGGGAGUAUGUUGGAGACCAUGGUGAACCCUCUGGACAUGGUGGCGCUCGGGACCCCAAGCCCAUGAGGCUCGCAGUCAUGGCUGGGGUCGGUAUCGGUCUUAUCAUCUACCUUCGCCAGAGGACUGUCAAAGCCGAUGACCUCUCGUCUGCUCCCCAGCCUGAGAAGGAUACAAUCGUUGCGUCCUCCCCUGCCGAACCACCUUUGACAGUCACCUACAUUGUCCAAGAAUACAUCAUUGAACCUAUCGCUACUCUCUUCCGAUUCUUCCAGCUCGCCGCCCUCUUCUUGCCCGUCAUCAUUCUGUCGCCCAUGCUUCUCCUCGGAGAGACUCGCAAGCGGAGGCAAAUGGGUAGAGCCAUCGGUGAGGACGAAGCCAACUGGGGCGCCAUCUGGUGGUACGACCUUCUCGUCAAGCAAAUGGAACGUGCCGGUCCCAGCUUUAUCAAGCUUGGUCAAUGGGCAGCUUCCAGGGCGGAUCUCUUCCCGGCGGAGCUUUGUGAGAAGAUGGGCAAGUUACAUUCAAAUGGUAAACCGCAUAGUUUCGACUACACCAAGAAGAUGUUGGAGAAGGCCUUUGGGAAAGGGUUCAAGGAUAUUUUUGAAGAGUUUGACGAAAAUCCUAUCGGAUGCGGUGCCAUCGCUCAAGUCUACAAAGCGAAACUUGAGCCCCAGCUUUUUGCCAGCGCUCGAGGCGGUGGAGGUGACUCUACAGAGCCUCUAACCACCCCCAGUGUGGCAAUCAAAGUUAUCCACCCUCGAGCACGCACCACCAUUCGUCGCGAUAUCACCAUCAUGUCUCUGUUUGCCCGAUUCAUCAACAUUUUCCCCGGUAUGCAGUGGUUCUCGCUGCCGGAGGAGGUGACGGUGUUCGGGGACAUGAUGCAGUCUCAGCUGGAUCUUCGCGUGGAAGUCAACAACCUUGAUACCUUCCGGGAAAACUUCAAAAGGAGAGGAAGGAGGGUAACAUUCCCGACACCGAUCAAGCUGGGCCAAGGGGGAGGAGAGGACCGAGUUGGGAUGAGAGAUGUGUUGGUGGAGGAAUUUGAGGACGCGCUGCCACUCAAGUACUUUUUGAGGAACGGGGGAGGACCCUAUGAUCACAAGAUCGCCAACAUCGGUCUCGAUGCUUUCUUGGAAAUGUUGCUGCUUGACAACUUUACUCACGGUGACCUGCACCCAGGCAAUAUCAUGGUUCGCUUCUAUAAACCCACCACCACCGACUAUCUCGCACCUCUCCUUUCACACUUUGGCAAAGGCGAAACGGCUGCUCCCUCCCAGGAGACCGUCUCCUCUGGCGAAGAGAUUGUUCAUAAUCUUGCCGCUAUUUCGCGCGACCCAGAGACCUGGGUCUCUCGUCUCGAAGAUCUCCACGACCAAGGCUACGAGCCGCAGUUGAUCUUUAUUGAUGCCGGUCUUGUGACUACACUCGACAAUACCAACAGGCGCAACUUCCUGGAUCUUUUCCAAGCUGUGGCAGGAUUUGAUGGCUACAAGGUCGGGAAACUCAUGAUUGAGCGAUGCCGAACGCCAGAGUUUGCUGUCGACGAAGAGACGUUUGCGCUCAAAAUGCAGCACAUUGUGCUCAACGUAAAGUCUAAAACAUUCUCCCUCGCCAAGAUCAAGAUCAGUGACAUCCUCACCGACGUGCUCAAGGCUGUACGAACGCACCAUGUCAAGAUGGAAGGCGACUUUGUCAACACGGUCAUUUCCAUCUUGCUGCUGGAAGGGAUUGGAAGGCAGCUGGAUCCAGAGAUGGACUUGUUCAAAUCGGCGCUGCCUAUCCUGAGGCAGUUGGGCAAGCAGAUGGGCACAAGAGAGGCUAUAUCGGCAACCCCUACAGGAAACAUCCUGGCUAUGAUCAAGCUGUGGGUGUGGGUCGAAGCUCGGCAAGUGGCGGGAGAGGUUUCGACUCUAGACCAGUGGAUCAAGUACGAUCGCUUGACUCCGUCUAUCUGA